CUGGCUCGGGCUUUCCAUGUUUCUCAACUGUAAUUUUGCUUUCCUUUAUGAUUACAUACUCAUCGUUUGCCCAAAAGAAAUAAUGUCAGACACCUCGGGGUACUUGUUGUCAACUGGCAGAUGAACAGCGCUUUGUCAACUAUGCACCUAAAUCUUUUGUCUAUAGGAUAGAUCAUUCAAUUACAAGACAGGUUGGGGCUGACUAACCGAGCAAAUAGAUUGACCGAAAACUUCCAAGUCGAUGGCUCCCUCCCGAGGCCAUUCUAACUAACAGGACGCUAACCAGCUAACAGAGUAUGGUGCAUGUCGCGGACUGCGCCGUCUCCCUGGGCUACCUCUUGCAAUUCGCGCGAAACUGCGUGCCGGAUGGCUUCAGCACCGCGGACGUAGUGCAGCGCAUUGUAAAGCCAGCCACGAACGCGCAACGCUGCCGAUAUGUGUCUCUUGCAUCAGUUCCGCCCAGCGCCGUAGGCAGGAGUCAAUACUUCAUCAGCCAUCGCUGGGGUGCUGACUUCACCCAGGAGCUCGUCGCCUUGGUUGCCGGUCAUUUCGCAGACGCUGCAGAUGCAUCAGGGACAACGGCCGCGCCCGGAGGGCUGCGAGGUCCCGCAGACGGUACGCUGUCUGCGGGAAAAUGCCCGAACCAGCUUCCUCAAGCUCACACGCUGUGUCACAGCCGUGACGCUGACGUACCAUCAGCAGGAUUGAAUGCAUCAAAUCUCCCAACAGGCAUCCAGACAAGCGCUUCCCUGCGAUCUUCGGUCUCUCCAUGCGGGGUAUACAGUACGGCAUCCCUCCCUGUUCAUACGAACAACGGCAGACGGAUCUCCAGCAGCGGAAGAAGCGGUUGCCAAACUCCCGUGACAUCGCCCCCGACGCCCUCAUGCCGUAGCACGCUCCCAGCUGCUGCCGCAGUCGCCAUCCCCCCUCCACGAACCUCAUCCAUGCCCCACGGCCCAGCUCGGCACCCCAGCCUGAGGCCCACCAAGCCCCAUCUCCGAACCAGUAGGGACUACAACGAGCCCCCAUUGGAGGUGGUUGCAAGCGGAAACAGCGUGACAAGCAUCAAAAGCGGCUACAGCAUUCAGAGGGCCGAACAGGGAUCAGGGAUCGGGGCCGCUGGCGGGCCUAAAGCAUACGUCGACAGGGUUAACAAAAGCUCGCGCACAGGCCUUGUUGCCAUGGCACAACUCCCGGGGACCACCGCUGCAGCCGCCGCUGGCCCCGUCGAGACCGACGUCCUGCUUGAAUACGACCACCUCGAACUUUUCGACCGUGAUGGUUCCUUACAGGGAAUUUCCCUCAAUCCUCUCCUAUGUCAUCCGCCUUGUCCCCAGCAACAGCAAAGGCGGCCACAGCAGCUACAGCAGUACCAGCAUUCGCCCAGCCGGCAGCGGCAUCAGCCGUCCUCGCCGCCCUUUCCCUCGCCCUCCGUUCGCACCCAAAAGCAACGAUCCUUCGCCCGCAGCUGCACCUCAUCUCGGCACAGCAGUCGUGACAUGCUACUUAACAACCCCUCUGCCUGUAGCACCGGUUUCAGUCCCAGAAAGACUCUAGCCUACGCAGAGAGCAUGCGGCUUAGGCCGCGAACCCCGCCGCCACCAUCGGAACAGGGUACCGCGACAGCCGUACAAAGUACGGCGUACGACAGCUCUGCAAACGCCUCCCCAAGCGCUGCGGCGCUUGCAGCGGCUGCUGCAAGCCAUGAGGCAACAGCAGCAAUAGCUUGUGAUGGUGGUGGUAGUGGUGGUUCUGGUACAGCUGCGCAUGGCUUGGGACGGGAGGUAUCAGCCAUUACCUCCACCGCUGGGUCUAUGUGCAUCCCGGCCUCAACAGGCAUCAGCAGCAGUAGCAGCGGCGGCGGCAGCAACACGAGCGGUGGCAGCGGUAUCGACCGCCGCACCUACCGAAGCAGCAGCAGCCGCUUCAUGGCUUCUGGACGCGCCUCCCCCGCCUUCGCACCCCAUGGCUCCGUCGCCGCAGCCGCGACUGCUGCCGCUGCAACCGCUUCCACCACAAGUUCCGCAGCAACCGAAACCGCCGCACCCAAGCCGUACAACACCGUCAAUGCGGAGUUGGUUGACGGGUUGUUGGCGCGGUUCGUUGGUCGGGAGCAGCUGCUACGGGAGACCUUUGUGUGGCUCGACAUAUUCGCCAUCAACCAACACCCCGACACCACGCAGGCUGAGGACCUGUCCAAGCUGCAGGAGGUGGUGGGCUCCUCGCAGGCAACCCUGCUGGUGUUGGAUGGCGAUGGGCAGGUCCUUACCCGCAUCUGGUGUCUGUACGAGAUUUGGCAGACUGUACGACAGCGCGGAGCCAAGGGCCUACGUGUCCUGGCGGGCCAGCUGCACCACACGCACCUAGCCCGGGUGUGGGGAGAUCUCGAGGUGGAGCGGGCGCAGGCUACGGUGGAGGCUGACCACGUGCGCAUCCUGGCUGACAUCCGCGCCGAUACGGGGGCGCAGCAGCUCAACCAGCUCAUCAAGAGGGCCAUCGUGGAGAGCGCCUGCCACGACCACCAGCUCGCCCGCUCCUCCGCAUCCGCAUCCGCCUGCCACUCCCCCGCCGCCUCACGCGCCGCCCUCCGCGCCGCCUACCUCCUGCGUCUGGCGGGUCGGACCCACGAGGCCCUGGCUGCAGCCCGUGAGGCGGCGGAGGGGUUCAGGGACGCCAGCUCCGCGCCCGGGAUGGGGCAGGAUGGAGCUGCAGGGGGAGCAGCAGCCGGGACGUCCUCCGCUGCCUCUGUUGCUGCGGAUGGAACAGUGGCUGCCGGUAACGCUGCUGCUGCCGCAGCGACGGCAGCAGCGCAUAUGGAGACGUUACAGGCCCUGCGCACCGUUGCCGGCUGCCAUGCGGACCUGGGGUCCUUGCCGCUCGCUGUGGAAAUACUGCAGCAGCAGGUCGUUCCACACUUGGAUGCUGCCGAAGUGGCGUACGACACGACCACCACCGCCGCACUGCCGUACGACGCCUUGUGCGACCUAGGCAUGCUGCAGUACAGGAUCGGUCAGUACGACAUGUCGUACAUGACGCUUCUGAGGGCGCUGUACCACCAGCUACGGGCCCUGCACCUUGCCGCUCCUAACGCCACACCCCAGUUGGUGGGUGCGGUGGUGCUGCCGCCGCCGCAUGCAGGAAGCUUAGCAGCAGCAGCAGCCACCAGUACUGCUACGGCUGCAGCGACAGAUGCAUGGGAAGGAGGGAGGGGCCGGGGUAGUCGGUCCGAUGAAGUAGUGGACGCAAGCGAUGUUGUUGCAUGUACGGCAGCGGCAGGGCCGACGGUUGUCGCCGUUGCGGCCCUGUCCGAGGAGCAGUUGACAGCAGCGAUGGCUGCCGUACACUCGUUAGCGGCGGCGGUGGCGGCGGAGGCCGAGGCGGACAAGGAGAGGGGUGCAGGGGAGGAGGGCGGGUCUAGCAGAGGCGCCAAGGGAAGUAAGCUGCAAGGCGGCAGCGGAGGAGGGGGCAGCAGCGGUGGCUUGCGUCGGGCUGUGGAGGGUGUGGGAGAGCGAGUGGGGCUUACCCUCCACAGCUUGGGGCUGGUGCAGUGGGAGCGCUCUCGUCGUGUCCGAGGUUGCGGUGGCAGCAGCAACGACGGUGCGGGUGGCAGCGGUGCGGGUCAGGAGUGCGGCGCGGGGCUGGCUCGGCGAGCAAGACAGCUGCUGGAAGCCUCCGUAGAGCUGCUGGACGUGCUGAGCAGCGCGGAGGGCGGCCUCACCGCCCUGGACGCGCGCAGCAACCUGGCCAUGAUGGUCAUGGAGGGGGGAGAGCUGGAGUCCUGUGAGCGGCUGCUCCGCGCCACGCUGGCCCUCACGGAGCGGGUGUACGGCAGCGCCCACCCGCACACCGCCACCGCCAUGAACAACCUGGCGCUGUGCCUCAAGCGCUCCCGCCGCGCCCCCCUGCUGGCCGAGUCCGUCUCGCUGUACCGGCGCUGCCUGGCGGUGUGCGGGCGGGAGUUGGGCGAGGAGCACCCGGAGACGCUGGCGGUGGCGGUGAACCUGGGGGUGCUGCUGGCGGACAUGCGGCAGUGGUCCGAGUCCGAGGCGCUGCUCACCCGUGCGGUGGCCUGCUCCUCCUCCCUGCUGUACAAUCACCAAAGCCACCACCACCACCACCACCAAAACCUGCCGUACAACGCUUCCGCGAAGACCUACAACACCAGCCACCUCAGCGGCAACACCAACAGCAACGCUAACCGCCCCAACCCCCACAGCGGCUCCCGCAGUGACGCCUACCGCGCAGCUUCCUCAUCCUCAUCGCAGUUCGCGUCCUUUACCAAUGGACGCAGCAUUGGUUUUGGGGCUGGGGCUACGGCAGGCAGCAGGGGAGAUCUUGGCGGCGCUGCAGCAGCGGGAGGCUACGGGUGCAGCGGUGGCGGCGGGGGGUUGCUGGUGGCGGGGGGAGCAGCGGGCCCCCACCCGGACGCCAUGGCGGCUCACAGGCGGUUGGCGGAAGUGCUGGAGUGCAGGAACAAGUUGUUCGAGGCGGAGGCGAUGUUCCGCAUUACGCUGCAGCUGGCGGAGAGCUGCCCGCCGGACACACGCGACCACGGGCUGGUGCUGGAGAGCCUGGAGGGGCUGGCGCGGGUGCAGGCGCGCAUGGAGCAGGCGGUGCGGGCGCAGGCUGACGGCGGCUGCUGUACCAUAUCCUGACGGCGAAAGCAACAGGAAAGCUCCAUUUUGUACGACAAUGCCCAAGAUCAUCAAGAUCAUCAUCAUCAUUAUCAUCAUCAUCAUCAUCAUCAUCAUCAUCAUCAUCAUCAUCAUCAUCAUCAUAGACAUCACUCCAGUCCGGGGCUCCAUCUGUGCCCCGGACAAGGGCGGCCUCUAAUCGAGGAGAAUGAAGUACGGCCAUUGUCAAAAAUGCUGCUGCCACAGCUGCAUGGGGGGCGUCCAACUCCUUGUGUUGCUACUACUACUGUAGCAGCAGAGCGGCGGCACAUCCAAGCCCACCACGUCCGCCGCUGCUAAGCGACACGGCGGAAGUCACAGCAGCUACUGGCAACCUUACCCAAAUGCCAUGAGGCUGCUGCUGCCUCAAUCCGGAGCUGUUGUGCCCUACUGCUUAAUGCUGUAUGUACAGAAUAUGUAGCACUUCGAAUUGAAGUGGAUCAGAUUCCAGAAUCCAAGACCUCGAGAUCCGACAGCAGACAAGAUACAACUGCGAAAACAAUGCAUGCAUGGACGGCCCAACAUCGCCAUUGCCGUUAGGCCGCGGGAUGACGGGGGAUGCCGUUCACUUUCCCGGGCGUUUCCUUGACACUGCUUUGGACGGCUUUGUUUCGGCAUAAAUUAUUGGUCGCUCGGUUUGACUCGAGGAUGUGAGGGUGUUAGGUCGUGAAGCUUGUGCAGGCUGUGAAGAAGCUUGGUCACCGAAGUUACUGCAAGGGUAAACAUGGCAAUAAUGUACUAUUAUGUUUUGUGGCGCAUUUUGUUUGCUCUGCAGACUGCUAAUCCCCAGUAACAUAGAUCAGUUAACGGGCACCACGGCGGUUUGCUAGGCAUCUGCAUGGUUCGCGGAGUACCGUGCUUAUUGCGGCACAUUCGUACAUAGGACACGGGUGGAUGGCUGGAUGGCUUUUGGCUUUGGGGGAUGAUAUGGGUUUGAUCUGUAUGCUGCUGUACGGCAAACCUGAACUGUUUCUUGGCACGAUAGGCGUCCUGGUACCGGUAUUCUUAGCAAGGCUUAACGAACAGGAGGAAUGUAUAGUGCGUCCACAACAUGGUUUUACUGUGCUUGCUCCGUAGCGCUAACAGCAUCCUUGUGCAGUACUAAACACUAGCUACUUUUGUAUGAGUUAAUUUGGUGCAGGACGUGACACGAUCAGGCUGAGUGAUUCGGCUGGCAGGACGCCCUUUGCAAACGUCCAUACCUCCUUAACUGCUGUGUCCUCUGGAAGGUUUGAAGAGGUGGAAACGUUAUGUUACGUGCAUGCUACCGUAGGGAACUGCAGAUUGAAGUUGCAUGCUGCAUGCGCGGUGUGGUUGCAGCUCUAGCUUUUGCUUCUGCUGGAGUUACGUGACUUAAGGUUGAGUUAUUGAUAUGUACGGUGCAUCUAAAGGCGGGGCCUUCCUGCGAAUAACGUAAGGUCGUAUACGAAGACGACGGACGGAAUGCGACUUUUACAGGGGAGUCCGAACGACUCAAGUGCGACGCACAACCCUGUAGGCCAUGUAAACCAUGCCACAAACUUAAGUUAUUGGGAUCAGACGGCAUGAUGGUCUUGGAGGCUGACGGCA